UUUUAAAAAUAAAAAUAAAAAUAAUGUCAUUAGCAGAGCUUGAACUUCCUGGUUUUCGUUUUCAUCCUACUGAAGAAGAACUAAUCAAUUUUUACCUCAAAAGAAUUAUCAAUGAUGAUAAAAUUGAUUCUAAUACCAUUGGUUUUCUCAACAUAUAUCUCUUUGAUCCCUGGGAGUUACCUGGGAUGGCAAGAAUAGGGGAAAGAGAAUGGUAUUUUUUUGUACCAAUAAAUAGGAAACAUGGUCCUAAAGGGAGGCCCAAUAGAACAACAAGAAAUGGUUUUUGGAAGGCAACUGGUUCUGAUCGUCAAAUUUGUUCUUCAUUAGAACCAAAAAGAGUUAUUGGUCUUAAGAAAACUUUGGUUUUCUAUGGUGGAAGGGCACCUAAAGGCACCAGAACUGAUUGGGUCAUGAAUGAGUACAGACUUCCUCAUGGACAUAAGGAUCAUGACAUAGUACUUUGUAAAGUGUAUAGAAAGGCAACCUCCUUUAAAGUAUUGGAGGAAAGGGCAAUGAUUGAAGAAGAUGCAGCAAAAAAAACAUAUUUGGCAUCAGCUCCUCAUGAUGAAUCACAAGACAUGCUUGCUUCUUUGGAUUCAUCAAAAAAUGACAUGUAUUUCAAAAGUUGUGAAGAAAAAAAUGAUGAAUUGUUAGGUUCAAAUGCAUUUGUGGAACCAUCCAAGUUUAGCAUUGACUCAUUAUCAAGUCCUCUUUGGAGUACAGGGCAAGACUUGUGGACUCUAUUUUCUUAAAUCCUGAAAAUAGAAGACUUUAGUAAUUGCAUAUUCCUCUAAUGUUCGAAUUAUUAUAUUAACUCUGUGGAAAAUAAUUGUAAUCGAUGUUUAGGAAUCUUCAUGUUCCCUAAUUCUUUUGAGUUAUGAUGGCUUCUUUAUCAAAUCAAAUGUGAUACAGUCCAUCAGUUAAUUAUAAUUAUGUAACUGAAUCAAUAUAUAUAUAUAAAUGAGGACCAUAGAAAAGGUGAUGUGGCACCUCUCUAUUGUCUC